AUGAUUUUCUUUUUCUUCAACAUGAUUUUUAUGAUAGCGGCCAUUAGUAACAUGAAAGACACAUCUCUACCGUUGGCUUACAUUUGUUUAAUGUGUAUUUCUGGAAUGUUGUCGAGCUUCCUUAUGGCUAUACAUGCCAUGCAAUUUCUUAUUUACUCUCAAGAAGAUUAUGAAAGGUUAGCCUUCAAAUUUGGAACAUGGACAACUCUAAUGGGGACGUUCUCAUAUCUGAAUACGCUUUUUAUCAGACUGACUAUCAAUCGAGUAUUCAUAGUGAUAAAACCAUUCAACAGUUUUUGGUUCAGUCAGCCACGAAUCUUCACUUACUGCGGUUUCAUUUCACUGAUGGUAUUCGCAUCUCUCCUGAUUCCACUGUUCAGCUCCUGCUUCAUUUACUUCCGGCUUGAUAUUUUGACUUUCGUGUCUGGUUGUGCUCCAAAUCGACAUCCGAUAACUGUAUUUCAAAAUAAAUAUUCUAUUAUUUUGCCGUUAUCCUGUAUGUUUGUCAAUAUUGGAAUAAUUUUACAUCUCCGCUUCAAACGCGAAGGCACAUACGAAAUGAUCAAGAAAGUGUUCAGUAAACAUAAGACGAUAACUCCAUUCGCAGUACCACUUCAAAACACAACUCUUUCAAAACUUCAAGCCAGGCGUGAUCUCAUCAUGAUGCGGCAAACCGUUUCAGUGGCGGUCUACCUCUCAAUUUAUGAACUAGGAGCAUUAUUAAUCAGAGUUUUUCCGACAUUCUACGCAGGCCUUCCGGAUUUGGUGCAUAAAAGUUAUUUUUACAUCCGCUACGAGUCAAUUCCACCCAUGACUUUUUUCGUUUACUAUUUGGAAACCGGAAGCACGCGUCGAAUGCUUAAACGAUUUUUGAAAUUCGAUGGAUCAAACUUUGCGUCAGCAGCGAAUCAAACAGUUGUACCAGUUGGUGCAAAACAACAGACGAGGGCCGUCAUAAACCCACAUUCUUAA